AUGAAGAUCGUGAAAAUUUGUACAGGAAAGAGGAUCAGGUUUUUGUUACUGAUUACUGGUUUUGCGGCUAUCGUCACAAUGAAGAUAUGCCCGUGGAUUUCUACCACUAAACAGCAACCAACCAUGCACCGAACAUUUUUAAAAACUCGAACAAGAUGCCCUCAGAAAUUUUCGCUUUUGAUCUUGGUUCUUUCCAGUCCGUUGAAUUUUCAACAGCGACGAGUGAUUCGUCAAACUUGGGGGACAGAUUAUGCCAUGGAAAAAACUUGGAAGACCAUGUUUCUUUUGGGGCAAGCGAAACACCCAACGGAGGCGAAAUACUUGUCUGAGGAGGCAGUCAUUUACGGUGACCUCAUUCAAGGGCUACAAAUAGACUCGUAUUCCAAUUUAACCCUAAAAACUGAAAUGGGCUUAGAGUGGGCAGUAAAAUAUUGUGAUUUUGAUUUUCUUCUAAAAGCAGAUGACGACGUUUUCGUGGACACUUACAAACUGGUGGAUUAUUUAAGGAAACCACACACUCCUAAAAGACAGUUAUACCUGGGGAAUGUCGCGCGAGGACUGAAGACAAAAAGAGAAGGAAAAUGGGCUUUAUCCCUCCAAGAACACCAAAGCGAUGUUCUUCCAAAAUUUUGUCUUGGUCCUGGGUAUGUGUUAUCAAAAGACGUUGUCGGCCGAUUUGUGGAAAUAUUUGAUGUCAAGAAACCUUUAAAACUGGAGGAUGUGUACAUGGGAAUGUUGGCAGAAAGACUUGGUGUGAUCCCCAGGAAUCAUUCAGGAUUUCAAACGUACAUUGAAGAGAAACAUUGCAUAUACAAUACUGAGUUGAUUGUUGUACACGAAGUGUCGCCGUAUUGUCUUAUGAAACUGUUUACCAAAGCUUUAGAGGAAAGAUUUCGUCAAGUUGGUAAAGGUAUAUAG